GAAUCACUUCCGGCGGCAGGUAUCCGCGCGAUGGGCUAAGAAAUCAGCGGUUCCCUUCAGCACCGAAGAUGGUGCUUUAACCUGACAGAACGGGGAAGUUAUUAUGCUCUGCCUCCGCCUCCCCCGAGACGGCCAGACCAGCCUGUCCUCUGCCUCGCCCGCAGCCUGCUCAGCGUAAAGAUGACGAGGACGAAGACCCCUCCCACGUAAUAAAUACUAAAUAGUCGUCAUGCCGUACGGUUAAACUGACCUGGUGUGUGUGUGUGUGUGCGCGAGUGUCUCCGUGUGAAAAUCUGGUAACUGUACGGCAGGAACUGUGUAGGACUGCAUCAUCGCCUGGGUAUUCAUUGGGCAGGACGUCAUAUGCAAGAUUCGCCCGCAAGUGGAUGGCCUGUCCUUAGAGGCAUAAGUAACGGCAACCUCGCAGGGUUGGUGGGAGCUUGUGGGUGAGAUGCUCCGCAAACAUUCGUCGCGUGAUCAGCAUGGCUGAGUUCCCUGAGAGCAGUGGUCUCCUUUCUCCCUUCCAGGCUGCCCUCCUCCGCGCUGUGCUUCGGCGGCCCGGCCCGGCCCUGUGGAGAAGGCCUGUCUGCGGGCUGUGGUGCCGCACAGCCACCGGCCGGGAUCCAGGGAGGUGGGUGGGGAGCGGGUGCCCCACCCCGAAGGAGAAAGAGGCAGGUGCGGAGACAGAGAACUUCCAGAUGGUCUACCGGUUUGACGCCAUCAGAGCCUUCGGGUACUUGUCUCGGCUGAAGGUGGCACAGACGGCCCUCACGGUGCUGGCCCUCCCGCCUGGCUGCUACUGGUACUCGCAGGGCUUCGUGACGCUCGGCUCCCUGUGUGUUGCGGGCGGGGUGGCUGGCUUUGCCCUGGCCAUGCUCUGCUGGAUGAGCUAUUUCUUCCGAAGGCUGGUGGGCAUCCUGUAUGUGAACGAGGCGGGCACUGUGCUGCGGGUCGCGCACCUGACCUUCUGGGGCCGGCGGCAGGACACGGACUGCCCCGUGGCCGACGUGAUCCCCAUGACGGAAACCAAGGACCGGGCCCAGGAGCUGUUUGUGCGUAUCCAGCAGUACAGUGGGAAGGAGACCUUCUACCUCACCCUUCGCUACGGACGCAUCGUGGACAGAGAGCGUUUCGCGCAGGUGUUUGGGACGCUGGACUCCCUCAAGUGAAUUGGGAGCUGGGUCUCCAGCAGGAAGGCCGAGGAUGAAACAGGGGAUCGGGCACCUGAAGACUUCGGCAGGGCCUCUGGGCACCCGUCUUUUGGGAUGCACAGAGUCCUAAGACAGAAGCUAGUGAUCGCGUUUCGGAAAGAGGCCCUUAGAACCAAUUCAUACUGCAUUUGUGUGACAUUUAGUCAGAUAACGGCCAGAAGUUCACAGCUGGUUCUCGGAGGAAGCUGUGUCCGGUUCACUCAGGCAGGGCAGUGCUGUGAAAUCGGAAGUCAGGGAGGUGAGGCAGAGCAAGCUCAGGACGUGGCUUGAGCAGACUCGGGUACUGUCAGUUCUCGACUGCCUGGCCUGGAGUUCACCGUGUCUCUCAACCCUGGUUUUCCCAUCUGAGAAAGGGAAAAAUCCUGUCUCCUGGCAUGGGUGUGAAAAUAAACGGUAAAUGUCAAGGUCAGUACAAAGGUGACUUGUGCUGAAAAGCUUCCAGGCAGUCAGUAGGGCUUACCCGAGGCCUGUGCCGCCCCCAUCGGGCCUCAGCAGCAGGAAAGGACGGGAAGAAGCCCAGGUAGAGUUGGGUCGUGUGACCGUGGCGGAGGGUGCUGACCAGGCAAGCGCCGCAUCCCUUUGCCAAGGUUGUGGCCUGGGGCCCUCCUGUCUGAAGGCUCUGGUGGAUAAAACCAGGCGAGCUGUGUUCUGGUGCGUUCUUUUAUAAGCUAAAGCUAGUUGUGUGCACGAUUAGUGGUUAGUAAAAGAUGUUUGUUUCACAGUCUGUAGCAAAAUAAAGAGGAAGGAAGAUGUGAUCACCAACAGUUCCACCACUCAGAAGUCAGUGACUAGAUGCUUUAUUGUGGGGACUUCCAGUCUUUUAUUGUGUUAAAACACACAUCAUGUAAAUGUAUUCCUUCAGCCAUUUUUGAAUGUACACUUCAGUGGUAUUAAGGACGCCUACAACGUUGUGCAGCCAUCACAUCUGCUCGUUUCCAGAACGUUUUCAUCAUCCCAAGGAGAAACCCUGUACCCAUUAAACGGUCACUCCCCAUCUCCCCCUCCCUCCAUCCUCGUAACCAGUCAUCUGCUUUCUGUUUCCGUGGAUUUGCUUUUUCUGGACAUUCCACGUAAACGGAAUCGCCCACUGUGGUUUUGUGUCUGGCUUCUUCACCUGGCGUGAUGGUUCCAACGUGCAUCCAUGCUGUAGCCUGUGUGAGAGCCUCAUUGCUUUUCGUGGCUGGAUAACCACAGUGUAGACCACAGUUUGCUUAUCUGUCUGUCGAUGGACAUUUUGAUAGUUUCCACCUUUUGGCUGUUGGGAACAGUGCUGCUGUCAGAGUUGGCGCACGAGUCCCUGCUGUUGCUUCUUUUGGGGCUCCUGGAUGCCGACAGGCAGACAGGCGGAAAUAUUGGAUCUUAUGGUGACUGUGCAAGUUUUUGAGGAACUGCUGAACUUUCCCACAGCCUCCAUGUCCUUUUUUACCCGUCUCAGCCAUCCACGAGGGUUCUGGCUCCUCCACAUCCUCCUGAUGGGCAGGAGGUGGUAUCUUACCGUGCUUUCAGGCUUUUUAAAAACAUAGAUGUUAUCCUGUACCUGGAGUUGGUUUUUUUUUUUUUUUUUUUUUUUUGCUUCAUGUAACAUAGCUAUCUUACUUGUAAACACAUUAAAAAUAUUCUGUCACAAGAAGAAAAAUACCUCAUUACUAUGUGAGAUGCCUGAUGUUAACUGACCUUGUCAUAAUCGUUUUGCGAUAUAUACGUGCAUAAAUCAUUACGUUGUACACAC